AUGACACAACCUCAGUCAGAGACACUGCAUAGUGCAGAUGUUGAGAUCUAUGCCGCUGGUUUAGUUCCAUCUGAUGAUGGCAUGUCCAAGAAGCCGUUGAACAGCGCGGAUGCCUUGGAGAUUGCUAUUGGCGAGAGCAGCACGGUCGAAUACACAAUCGACUCCGACAACUCCCCAUAUCUCGAAGUACGGGCGAACGUGCCAAACACAGAUGACCCCACGUUGCCCAUCAAUACCUUUCGAAUGCGGUUCCUCGGCGUUGUUUUCACUCUUAUUGGCACUGGGGUGAACCAGUUUUUCUCCAUGCGCUAUCCCAGCGUAACAAUCACCUCGCUCGUUGCGCAGCUUAUCACCUAUCCAGUGGGCUGUGCCUUCGCGAAGGCGCUGCCUAUCAUGAAGUACAAAAUCGGUCGCUGGGAAUUGGAUAUCAAUCCUGAUCACCAUUUCAAUAUCAAAGAACAUGCUGUGAUCACAACCAUGUCGAACCUGAGUUUAAACCAAUCUUGGGCCAGUGCAAUUAUUCAAGCACAAAAAGUGUACCUCAAUAUGUCGACCCCAGUUGGCUAUCAAAUUCUGCUGUCCUUGACCAUGCAACUGUUCGGACUGGGUCUUGCUGGUCUUACCUACCGCUACAUAAUCUGGCCCUCAACGCUUGCCAAUGCAGCGCUUUUCCAGACCUUGCAUAGUGGAGCGAAUCCUCUAGCUAACAGCUGGAAGAUUUCUCGAUACCGAUUCUUUAUGUAUGCCUGCAUCGGGAGUUUCUGCUGGUAUUGGUUUCCUGGUUAUAUCUUCACCGGGCUGAGCACUUUCGCAUUUUUUGCUGGGCGGCUCCUAAGCCAGAUCGCAUACUAUACCUCGCCGCUGGUGAUCCCAUUCUGGGCACAAGUCAAUGUUUUCGCGGGCUGGUUUUUCGUCUCUGAUGCCUACGACAACACCGGCAAUCUCUACAACUCGAGUCGCAUCCUAGACAAGACCGGGACAAUCGUUGAGGGUAAGUACAAAGCCUACAGUCCUAUCUUCCUGCCGGUCACCUUCUCUCUCAGUUAUGGAGUGGGCUUUGCGGUUUUGAGCUGCCUGAUCACGCAUGUCCUGCUAUACCAUACCAAGGAUAUUGUCAGCACGUUCAAAGGCCAGAGCAAGAAGGAUGUUCACGCCAGAUUACUGUCCCGGUAUCCCGAUGUCCCGUGGUGGUGGUAUGCGGUGCUCACAGUACGUUGCCAUCGGGGUCUUGCCAUCAUGACUCAAUACGUCUGGCAUACGGGUCUACCUUUCUGGGGCCUCUUCAUCACGUUGGCUCUGGCCAUCAUCUACGUGACCCUCGUCGGAACAGUGUAUGCUGUCGCAAACCUGAACAGCAACUGCUUGACUGUGUUGGGUGAGAUCGUAUCUGAAUACCUUCUCAAGGGGAAGCCCCUUGUCCUGCUUGUUUUCAAGUUUCACGCAUAUACAGGCCUGAGUCAAGCAAUGUACUACGCAGCAGACAUGAAGCUCGGAUUAUACAUGAAUAUCCCCGGCCGUACCCUCUUCGUCGUGCAACUGGUAGCCUGUAUCCUGGGCACGCUGACCCAACACGGCGUUCUCCUGUGGAUGCUCGGCCACGUCAAAGACGUCUGCUCGGAAGACCAACCCGACAACUUCACCUGCCCACAGGGCCGAGUCAACUACAACAGCGCCGUCUUCUGGGGAGCAAUCGGCCCCGCCCGCCUCUACAACCUAGGCCAGAUGUACUCAGGCCUCCUGCACUUCUUCUGGCUCGGCCGCCCUCCUCCCGAUCCUCACCUUCCUCGCCCGCAAACGCUUCCCCAAUUCCAGCUAAUCAAAACCCGCCGUCCGCACUGGUGGGCCAAAUACAACUACGUGCUCUCCGCGGCAUUAGACUCGGGCGUCGCCGUCUCCGCCAUCGUCAUCUUCUUCGCCUUGACGCUGCCGGGUUUCACGUUUAGCUGGUGGGGGAAUAAUGUGAAUAGCGGGACGGUCGAUAGUCGGGGCACGCCGUGGUUGGAGUUGCGGGCGAAUGAGACGUUUGGGCCUAGGAGUUGGGCGUGA